AUGGAGACUAGCAGCCCGCCCCCGCGGCCCAGCCCUAGCCCGUGGCUGAGCCUGGACGCCCUGCUUGGCGUGGACACUCGCCUCUGGGCCAAGACGCCGAACGUUGCGCUCUACGCGCUAAUCUUUGCGCUCCACGCGCGAAUUUUUUCGCAGUGCACAACAGGCAAUGCGCUGUCCGUGCUUGUAGUGCUGAAGGCACCGUCCAGGCAUGCAGGGCGACUGCGUUACCACGUGCUCAGCCAGGUUCCUGGCAUCAUUUUAAUAAUGUUAAUUAUUGUACUGGUGUCCUUCAUGCUCCCCUUGGCACUAACCAUUUUCCUGAAUGGGGUCACGGUGAGCCACCUAGUAGCUCUCUGCUCCCAGGUGCCAUCUACUUCUGUCCCAGGCAUCUCUGCCCCCAGUCUCCUGGAGCUGAGUGAGGAGGGUCUACUCAGCUUCAUCGCAUGGAGGAAGACCCUCUCCCUGGUGGGCCAGGCCAGCCUGGUGAGACAUAAGGACAUGAGCUGGGUCUGCAGCCUCCACACAACAUCUAAGGUUCUAGAAGACAUCAUAGCUGUGUAUGUUGUGUGUUGGCUGCCGUGCCAUGCCCGCAGGUGCAUGUAUUGCUAUAUGCCUGAUGACAGGUGGACUGGCAUGUUCUGCAAUUUCUACCACUAUUUCUACAUGGUGACCAGCACACUUUUCUGUGUCCACUCAGCUAUGACACCUGUCCUCUAUAAUGCUGUGUCCUCCUCCUUCAGAAGACUCUUCCUGGAAGCCCUCAGCUCUUGGUGUCAAGAGCAACACCCC